UGGUGUUCGAAUUCAUCCUUCAUUGCAUCUGGGAUGCAAUCUGUCGGGGCACAGUGGAGAUGACGAAAAGACAUCGUUUCUCACGCCUAUUUCUUCUCACUUUGAUGGAACUUUCUAAUGUAACAGCACAUAGCCGAAUGUUAAUGGGGAUCCAGUCGAUUAGUGCUGCCUCAGCUCUAGCGCUUGGUGCGACACCAGCACCAGCAAGACUGGACGAAGAUGCCACAGGGUCCCCGGAUGAACGCACGUAAAACAAGCUUUUUGAAGCGACAGAUGGAGAGCGAAUUUGUAGUACUUCACCAGAGUCUUGAAUACGGGUCUCAGAUAGACAACACACAUCAAUAUUAAGACUUUCCAAAGACAUAGCCAGCCUUAUCUGUUGUCCGACCUGCAU